AUGGCGCUUGCUAGACGCUGUACGCUCUUUCUUCUCCUCGUUCUUGGUUUAGCCUACAUUGCAAAGGCAGCCAUUGCUCCCACGGCCACAGCAGGCCCCAAGUGCAAGAACGCGUUCCCUCAGAGGCCUCUGUGCAAGUUCGUGGACAGCUUGACCACGCGCGUGAUUCCCACUCUCGAUGGCACCAAGCCGCUCACAAUCGGCUCCUAUCAAAUAUACCAGAAAUUCCAUCGCGAUCUGCCGGCGACGAAGCAGUACGCGUACGGCACGAGUCAGAAGACGGCGUCGUACCCCGGCCCCACCAUCGUGGCCAAGGUGGGCAUCGACACGACGGUGACGUGGGAGAACCAUCUGCUCGACAACACGCACAUGUUCACCGUCGACCCCACGCUCAUGGGCUACAAGUACCCCAAGCGGGGCAUCCCCAUGGUUGCUCACAGGCACGGCGGUAGUCAGCAGAGCUUCUACGACGGGCACCCUUUCGCGUGGAUCACACAGUACGGCGAGAAAGGCCCCACGUACGCGACGAACGUGUACAAGUACGUGAACGACGAGGCGUCCACCAUCUGGUACCACGACCACAUGGCCGGCUUGACGCGCCUCAACGUCGCUGCCGGCCUGGCGGGGCUGUACAUUAUCACGGACCCCGAGGUUGAGUCCAAGUUCACCUGGCUGCCGCCCGCCUCCCGCACCGUGCCGCUCGCCAUCGCGGAUCGCCUCUUCUUCGCGAACGGGUCGGUGAACUACCCGAACGUGGGGAUCGUGCCGAACGUGCAUCCCAACUGGAUUCCCGAGUACCUCGGCGACACCAACAUGGUUAACGGCGUGGUUUGGCCGUACCUCAAGGUCCGGCCUGCGAUGUACCGGUUCAAGAUGCUGGGUGCGGCGAACGCGCGUUUCUACAAUCUGCAGUUCGUUUGCGCGCAGCGCGGCGACUACCCCAACUUCGUGCCACCGCUCAGGGGCAAGAUUACCACCGACGGCGGUUACUUGCCAAAGCCGGUGUACUCCAAGUCACUGCUGCUGGUUCCCGGUGCUCGCCAGGAUGUGCUCGUUGAUUUCUCCAACCUGCCCGACACGUGCAAGGACGUGAUUCUCCAAAAUCUUGCUGCCGCGCCCUUCCCCGCUGGUGUGACGGCUGACCGCGACACGGGGCUUGUAAUGCGCUUCGUGAUCACCAAUCGCAAGCGCUUUCCCGCGCCGAAGAUCCCCAGCUCCAUCUCGUACUUGCCUCCAAUCAACUACAAGAACAUCCAGAAGGUUCGCUGGCACCGCCUGGUGGAGGAGAUGGAUCCCAAGACGAACCUGCCCGUCCGCGUCACCAUCGACAACCUCGGGUUUGCCGACCCCAUCAGGGACUACCCCAAGCAGGGCACGAACGAGCUGUGGCAUAUCAUUAACUUGUCGGCCGACGCGCACCCCAUGCACUUCCAUCUCGUGGACCACCGCCCCGUGUCGCGCCGCCCCUUUGACGUCGCGGCGUUCCAGGCUGGCAAGUGCGCGUUCCGCGGCAAGAAGCUGCCCACCUGCUGGACUGGACCGAGGGUUCGGAUCGAUCCCACUGAGGACGGUUUGAAGGACACCACAACCGCGUACCCCGGUCAGGUGCUGACGCUGUGGUUCGGCUGGCACGAUGGCAAUGGCAAGCCUUUCCCGUUUGACGUGACCGUUGGCCCGGGCUACGUGUACCAUUGCCACAUGCUGGAUCACGAGGAUAAUGACAUGAUGCGGCCGUUCAAGAAGGUGACUAAUGUUAAGAAGCAGCGUCGCCAGGAACAGAAAGACUCAAAGAAGCCGUCAGCUGCAGGAAAAUCCGCAGGUGGGAAAGGGUCGAUCGGCCAAUCCGUGUUUUCUUCGCUGGAGGAUGAAUCUAAGCAGAGGAGAGCGAGGAUCGAAGCUCGCGCAGCAGCUGCUGCAGCAGCUGAGCGGGAAGCGGAGCGUGCAGAGUACGACGCUGACGAUGACGAUGAUGAUGAUGAGGAGAGGGAAGCCAAGGCCCCAGCAGCAGCAGAGCCUAAGAAGCCUAAGAAACCUAAGAAGCCCAAAGUUACCGUUCUGGAGGCUGCGACAGCGAUCAAAGUGGACGAAUUGUCCGCGUUCCUUGUCGAGAUCUCGGAAUCCUUCGCAGGCAUGCCGGAUGUGCAGCUGAUGCGUUGUGCGGAUUUCUUCGCACGAGCCUUCAGCGCGGUGCUUCCAUCGCAGCUCAACAUCCCCAAGAUCAUCCGAGAUUCCAGCUUGGCCAAAGCCCUUGACUUACCUUGGAAUGACAUUCCCGAGGAGGUUCGCACAACCGCCUCUGAAUGGCUGGCGGAGCGGCCUGCGGACGCGCUGGCGAAGUUUCUGGUUACCCUAGUGCGAUCGGCGCUCGAGGAUGUGCUUCCAGUCGGCAAGGUGGCCAAGGGAACCGCCGCACAGCCGCUGACGCCGCCCAAGGCCAAGGUGGGCAUGCUGGUGCUGCUGGUGCUGCUGCUGCGGCGACGGCCGGACGUGAUGCUACAGGCGGCCGACUCCAUCCGCACGGACCCUGGCUGCCUCGGCCAGGACAGGCUGCCCGUGCUCGCCUGGAUGUACGGCCAGGUGGCAGUGGUGGAUCUGGUAUCGGGCAUGGCGCUGCUGGUCAGCAACCUCAUGCCCUUCACAUCGGGCAAGCAGGGCUCGCCUGUGGGCCGCGACGUCACUCUCACCUACUUCCAAACCGUGCUGCUGCGCGGCAACGAGCGCAAGGCGAGGGCGGUGCUGCUGAACGGGGCGUUCCGCAAGGGCGAGCGGCUGGUGCCCUACUCCACGCUCGACCAGUUCCUGCGCCUCGCCUUCCCCCCCGCCUCUGCCCGCACCAAGGCCACCGACCGCUUCACUGCACUCUACCCGCUUCUUAAGGAUAUCACGCUCGCAGGCUCGGGCCGAACCAAGUCCACCAAGGCUGUUGCCACGAUGCUGCUUCCGCUGAUGUUCCGAGCCGCAGGGGAAGAGCCUGAAGCGCUCGCCCAGGAGGCGAGCAGCCUCUUCGUAUGGUGCUUGGCAGAGAACCCUGACUGCUACCUGCAAUGGGAGCGGCAUCAUGCAGAGGACCAUGCCACGAGCACACUCCUGCUGACCUAUGUGCUGCGCUCAUGGCCCACUGUCAAGACGCAGCUCGCGCCCUUUGACCCUCUGCGCAAGUUCCUUGCCUCCAUUCGCAAGAAGCACAUUGCGGCAUUGGAGGAGUUGGAUGAGGGCCAAAUAGCGCGGAAAAAGGACAUCCAAAGCGCCGACGCAACAGCGAGGAAGCUGCAAGGGAAGGUGGCUGCAGGGGGGAGCUGCGUGGUGGUGUCGGCUGCUCUGGUGGCCGUUGCAGCAGCAGCAGCGUAUGCAGCCUUCAACUUGCCACCUCAAGGCGAGUUUAACCUGGAUAUUGAUGCCGUGCUGGCAUUGCUCAAGGGUAAUUAA